AUGAGGUCGUCCACUCUUUUCGGCUUCGUUUCAGCCCUUGGGCUCGCUAGCGCAUCACCGUUCGCUCGCAACGGCACCUACUCUAACUCUACGUGCACUUCGCUUAACCAGAGAAAGGCAUGGCACGUUCUCACCAAUGAUGAGAAGUCCGACUACCUUCAGGCCGUCAAGUGCUUGAUGGAGUCCCCCGCCAAGAGCGGUAUCACUGGUGCUAUCUCUCGAUGGGACGAGCUGCAGUCUUGCCACGUCGAGCAAUCGAACUUCAUCCACGGAGUCGGUGCUUUCCUUCCCUGGCACCGCCUUUUCCUUCGCCUGCAAGAGAUUCUUCUCCAGAACGAGUGUGGAUACAAGGGCGCUCUUCCCUACUGGGACGAGCAACGUGAUCUUGAGGUCCUCGGGUCCAUUGAGAAUGCCUCUGUUUGGGGAUCCGACGAGUUCAGCUUCGGUACCAACGGCGUCAAAACCACUGACGGCGUCAACUGCGUCAUCGAUGGUGCUUUUGCCAACACAACUCUCCGCAUGGACCAGAUCUGGGGUGUUGACUACUACGACGAGUACUGCCUUUCUCGUAGAUGGAACCAGACGGCCUGGGAGUUCGCCAACCAGACCAACGUCGAUACCUGCUUCGCCAAGGACAACUACAAUGAGGCCAACUUCUGCUACGUUGACUCGCCUCACUCCUGUGGACACCUUGCUACUGGCGGAACCAUGGAGAACCAAAACGCCAGCCCUGGCGACCCUGUCUUCUUCUUGCACCACGCCAACCUUGAUCGCCUCUGGCAGAAGUGGCAGGAGGCCAACCUCACUGCUCGUCUGACGGACAUGAGCGGCCAGAUUAUCCCUCCUGAGUUCAUCAUGACACAGAACCGCUGGCUCUACCCGUCCAAGGCCUACACCGACUACGAUGGUGACCCGGGCAACGAAACCACCCUCAACCACGUUCUCUGGAUGGGUGGCAUUAUCCCUAACAAGACUAUUGCCGAUGUGAUGGACCUCAAGGGCGACCUCAUCUGCGCCGAGUACAUCGACGCCGAUUACUAG